AUGUCUCUGCCACGCACGCUGGGCGAGCUGCAGCUGUACCGGGUGCUGCAGAGGGCCAACCUGCUGGCCUACUACGACACCUUCAUCCAGCAGGGUGGCGACGACGUGCAGCAGCUCUGUGAGGCUGCAGAGGACGAGUUCUUGGAGAUCAUGGCGCUGGUCGGCAUGGCGACCAAGCCACUGCACGUGCGCCGUCUGCAGAAGGCCCUCCGCGACUGGGCGGCCAACCCGGCCCUCUUCAACCAGCCCCUGGCCAAUGUGCCCCUGGGGGGCAUCCCACUGUUCAAGGUGGAUGGGACGGGUGCCAGCGGGACUGCUGCCGGAGGACUCAGGAAGUCCCUGAGCAAUGGGCAGCCGGGGUCGCCGUGUGACAGGGAGGACAGGGCAUGCCUCACCCCUAUGCACAGCGGGAGCCCCAGAAGCCCCUGCUCCCAGGCCUCACCGCAGCCCCAGGACACCCACUACAGGGACAAGCUGUCUCCAAUGGACCCCCACUGGCUCAGCCCUGAGCUGGACGGGAACAGCGCCUCAGCCUCAGGGGUGGACGAGGAGCAGCCCAGCCCACCUCUGCUCCCCCCGCGUCCCCCAGGUCCCUCCACGCCCCCGGCCUCCUCCUCCUCCCUCUCCCCGGCAGCCCUCUCGGCCUGGCCCGGGGGCCAGCUGGAUGGGGAGACGGCGCAGGCAGUGGGGGAGAGUGUGGACAGGCUCCUGAGGACCCUGCCCAGGUCGGACCCCAGAGAGGUGAAGACACUGCUGAGGAUGAACAAGAAGAUGGCCAAGACGGUGGGCCACAUCUUCAAGAUGGCACCCCAGGACGUGGCCAAGGAGGAGGAGAUCCGCAAGUACAGCCUCAUCUACGGCCGCUUCGACUCCAAGAGGAGGGAGGGCAAGCAGCUCACACAUCACGAGGUGAGGGCAUCAGUGUUUCCACUACAAGAGGUCUCUGUUUACCGGUAUAUGUGUGAGGCUUGAGCCUUGUCUUAUUUUUAUAAUUCUGUUCAUAUCAUUCUAACAUUCCCUUUCCCCUUUCACCUUAUUUGAUUCAGCUGAUCAUCAACGAAGCGGCCGCCCAGUUCUGUAUGCGUGACAACGCUCUGCUUCUGCGAAGGGUAGAGCUCUUCUCAUUGGCUAGACAGGUGGCGAGAGAAUGCGCCUACACCUCCACACUGAAGCAUACCAGGUAAGGGCACGAGCCUCCGCAGUUUAGGGUGUUCCCUACCCCUGUCUGAUGACCUUCUCACCCUCUCACCUUCUGUCUCUUCCUCUAUAACUAGGCUAUAUCCCCUAUGUGCCCUGGUCAAACGUAGUGCACUACAUAGGGAAUAGGGUACCAUUUGGGAUGCAGACAAAGAAACCCAAAUAGAGAGUGUUACGAUAUGAUAAAUUAAAAUAUGUCAUGUUCUCCUUUGCUUUGAGAAUAUAUGAUUCCUUUUCUCAACCAGAUAUGAUCGUAGAGUACUAUGUGGUUGCAGGCAGCAUUGGGGCGAAGAGAGGUGGGCGUAUAGAACAGAGGGAAAGCUGGGAACUCCCACAGCACACAUAGCUAAGCCUAGCCAAGGUCAUGCUAUUAGUCAGACAGCACUGCAGUCAGUGCAUCAGCUCCAAAACAAAGUCAUACUUUGUGACCAACAAAAUGAAAGCACAUUCAAACACUCAAGCAUCUCAUAUAAUCAAUAACAACAAAUUAAAUAUCUUUCAAACUCAAUGAAUAAUGUAUGUGCUUACUGUUAGCCACAAAUAGCCUCAAGGUUUGGUUACUCAACAUCAGUUUUUAUAUUGUAAUUGGAUAUAGUGAGCUACUACUUGCUAAUGAACAAACAGACAACAGGACCAACUGAAUCCUGGAGUUUGCACAAGAGGUUUGCUCUUCUGUUACUGCCUUUUUACUUUCUUAUACUUUCCUUCUCUUAUUACAGAACAAGUGCAGAUGACUGCAGCUUACCAUCCCAAAAGAGAGUAAAAAAUGAGGUGAGUGGGCUAAAGUCUCUGAACCCCUAACAGGAAAGAGUAAAACUAUACCAAACUCUAUCUCACUCUUGUUUAAAUGUGUUAUUGUGGGUGUACAAAAUCUGUUUUGUCAGUGUAAUAUUGGUAAUGUAUUGGAUACGGCAUUGGUUGACAAUGAGCUGUAAUUAGAAUAAAUUGCAAUAUUUCAUAUGCUGUCAUUUAUACCAUGGCUACUUUUCAAUUAGUCCUAUACUAUAUAUACAUUUAUACCAUAGGUACUUUUCAGUAGUAAUUGCAUUGUAAUUCACACAAAAUGAAGUUUUGGUGUGUGUUUCGGGUGAUAGUGUGGAAGUGUGUGUUUGAGAUGUUUUCUGUAUUUAAUGGUUGUGUGUGUGUUUCAGGUGAUAGUGUCAGAGAGUGUGUCCUCCCUCCAUGGUGUUGAGGGGUCAGAGGGCAUGUCCCAGAGGGCUGAUGAGGACAGCCUAUCAGGAGAGAGUCUGGACAGCUUAACACAAGGUAUGUAUGGUGUCCAGAUCAAAAUAUUAUUUCUUAAUAACAAUAGCAUGUAUAUCGGCUUAAGUCAAGUAAGUCUUGCAUGUAUAUACAGUAAUUGUUGAACACAUUUAGCACUGAUCUUGUACAGUAAGUGUCACUUAAUCACAUUCCAUUCCCAGACAUUCUUUAUGUGUUUCUGUAAAUGUCACAGAGCCCCACUGACUGUAAAGCACCAUUGAUAAUCAAGGCCAAAUAGUUCAUGUUUUCUGUAGUGUCAGGUUAUGUCCCAAAUGGCACCCUAUUCCCUACAUAGUGCACUACUUUUGACCGUAGCCCAAUAGACGGGUUGGCUGACAUCGUCACAAAAAAUUUGUGCGCAUCGAUGAGGCAGAAGGCCGAGUGGUGUUAUGAUUCUGAACGGUCAGAUAACUAGUAACAAUGACAAGAAGCUGCCAUGUGGGGAAUCGCAAGUGGCUCGUUUCAGCUCUUUGUAUCUUGUUAUUGAUACCAUGUCUUGUUUUGAGGUGUUUUGACUCAUGUCUAUGCUCAUAUGGCUAAAAUUCGCUAACUAGCUAACCAACAACUGUAACGAUGUAUUUGAGAGACAACAAGUGCUCAUUGUGCAAAUGUAUUUAUGUUUUCAAUAAACAUUUGGAGACUAAAAUUAAUUUAUACACGUUGUCAACAAUCUAUGCCAACCCCAUCUUUUUUGCCCCAUAGUUGCGCACGUGUCGGUUUUGUUGCUAAUCAACCAAACCGUCUAUGGGGAAUAGGGUGCCAUUUGGGACGCAGCUCAGCAGCCUCAGCAGCCUCAGCAGCCUCAGCAGCCUCAGCAGCCUCAGCAGCCUCAGCCUUGUCAAGAAGCAGAUAUAUGUGAUUGGUUCAAAAUGGCAUUCACACCUAACCCUGUCUGUCUUAAUAGACGUAGGCUCACAGUGCAACCAAUCUCCAUCCCCCCGCCCCCCCACCGACACCUCCAUACCUGCCAACUGGAGUCGCCAUCUCAUGCAACAAACGCUCAUGGAUGAGGGGCUGCGAUUGGCUAGGAUGGUGUCACAUGACCGCGCUGGCAAGGUCAGCCUUAGGUCAGAGGGGACACAUACCACAGGUGACUUUCUGAAUAAUGGCUUACAAACAUUAUCAUGCAAGAGUUAUCAUACUAACACUCUUAAAGUGAUAGUCUGACUUUUUCAGGCCUAAAACGUUUUUGUGAUGUUGAGAUGAGUCUGUCCCACAACAUUUGUUGUGUAGAUUCGGCAACAUGUCUCAAUCUCAAAUGAAUAGGAAAGAUAGGCAACGUCUAAUUUCAUCGUUUUUAAACAGUGUCUAUCUUUCCCAUUAAUUUGAGAUUGAGACAUACAGCCGAAUCUCACUAGAGCUACGCAACAGAUGGUGUGGGACAUUGACUGGCACAUUGACUCAUCCUGAUAUUAAACCACUUUUGAGGCCUGAAAACAUUUUACGAACUUACAUUUUGAAGUGAACUAUCACUUUAACAUACUGUCCCUGUAGCCAGUAUCGUUUACAUUGAUAACAAGUAGAAACUGAGGUAGGGUUAAAAGGCUGGAGAAAGAGUUUUGCUACUGUCAUUUAAAGACUGUUUCAAGGAUCUUCGGUUUGAACCCAAGUAGUCAGAAUCUCUAUUGUGAUUCCUCGCACUAGCCAGGGCUGAGUCUUUUCAGCUACUAACCAUACUGAAAGUUGUCAUGGAUGUCAGUACAGUCAAAUUGCCAUGAGGUCUAGUAGCCUGUGACACUUCAAAUUAUUGUACUUAACCCUUUCCUCUGUCACAUCUUAUCACGCAUCAUUAAAAUGUUAAAGGUACAGCCAUUCAGAUGUUAAUAAAACUACUGUGCCGUAGCACUAGGCUGUCACAGUUGGCAGGGUGGAGAAGAUACAGGGAGAUAGAGUGGGAGAAAGAAAGAGAGAAUGAUGGUGGGAGGGGCAGAGGAAGUGCUGUGGGGGCGGUAGAAACAGACCCCCCCCCCCCCCCCACUCCCUCGCUCCGCCACCGGCUGACGUCACAGUGUGUUAGGCGUGUGGGCUGAAGGGCGGGAUGGAUGGAGAGAGGGGGUGAAGGAGUGGGUGUAAUUGGAGGGGCGUUGCAUUGACUCACCGAGCGACAGAGAACAAAAAUAAAAACCAGUGGGCAGGGAAAUGGCACAGGCUUUUUUUCUCCCUCUCCCUCUCCCUCUACUUCUUAAGUAGAGGGGGGGAAACAACCAUUUCAUCUCUCUAUGAUGUCGGUCUCCCUCCAACUUCCCCUCCGUCGUCCUUUGUUCUAUCGCUCACUUUGGUUUCCUUCUCCUUUUCUGUUUCACUCUCUCCACGCAACACGACCUGUCUCCUCUGACUGUACUUUAACUGCACCUACUCCAGCUACAGUGUUAUCCUAUUAGCCUGUAAGUGGGCUCUCAUUCUGUCAGACAAAACCCUUGACAUUUAAUAUUCCAUUUCAAAUAUUAAAGCGUGCUACCAUAGUUGCAUGGUGUUGUUGUAUAUCCAGUCAUUACUUUGAGUAAGUGAAGUACUCGUAAAAGUUAUGACCCUAACCAAUCUGGUGUACAGUUGACCAUAGCAAGCACUCAAAGGUUCAGGGAGAGUAAUAAUGUAUUGUCAUCAUAUUGUCUCAGUCAGGCAUAUAGGCUAACAGCCCUCAUCUUUCCUCUUCCAGACUUUGAGGCCAAAGCGGAGAGGAGGAGCUCAGUAGCAGUGUGCAGGAGCAGCAGCCCUGGCAGCACCAAAGAUGACUCGGACCAAGGGGGAAAGUAGUGAAACUCAUCAUCCUGAGAACCCAUCAACAACCCUGCCUCUCAUCACCCUCAAUUCUGGAGGGCCAAACUCAGUAGGCUUUCCAUCUGUACUUAAACCACUAACAGUACUGGGGGAAUAAGGGGGAGGGG